CGCGCGCACAUCAUGUGACUUUUCCCCUCAUCGUCGCGUCCGACAGAAAGUUCCUCACUCGAGGAUAAGAAGAGAACAGGAGGAGGAGAGGAAAAUAAGAGAGGAGGAGAGGAAAAUAAGAGAGGAGGAGAGGAGAAGAAGAGAGGAGGAGAGGAGAAGAAGAGAGGAGGAGAGGAGAAGAGAGGAGAAGAGAAGAAGAGAGGAGAAGAGAAGAAGAGAGGAGAAGAGACCUCCUCAUCAUGGCGCUGCGGGACGAGCUCUUGAAGUCCAUCUGGCACGCCUUCACGUCUCUGGAUGUGGACAAAAGCGGGAAAGUCUCAAAGUCUCAGCUAAAGGUUCUGUCCCACAACUUGUGCACGGUGAUGAAGAUCCCACACGACCCCGUGGCCCUGGAGGAGCACUUCAAAGACGACGACGAGGGCCCCGUCUCCAACCAGGGCUACAUGCCCUACCUCAACCGGUUCAUCCUGGAUAAGGUGACGGGCAACUUUGACCUUCAGGACUUCAACAAGAUGUGCUGGACGCUGAGCUUCAGGAAGAAUCUGGAUCAGAGCCUGCUGCUCAUCUCCAAUGACGACGCCUUCAAGAUCUGGUGCAUCUUCAACUUCCUGUCGGAGGACACCUACCCGCUGACCGUGGUCACCGAGGAGAACGAGUACUUUCUGCGGAAACUGAGGGGCAUGGGGGGCAGCUGGGUGGAGGAGCGCUUCGAGGACUACAAGCUGCAGCUGGACUCGAGGCAGCAGAGCCUGAGCGCCUGGCAGCUCAUCGGCCUUGUGGGCUCGGGUCACUUCAGCAAGGGCAUGGAGCGCCAGACGCUCUCCAUGGGGGUCAACGAGGUCUACCAGGAGCUCAUCAUGGACGUGCUCAAACAGGGCUACAUGAUGAAGAAAGGUCACAAGAGGAAGAACUGGACGGAGCGCUGGUUCAUGCUGAAGCCAAACUCCAUCUCUUACUACGUCGGGGAGGACCUGGCGGAGAAGAAAGGAGAUAUAUUACUGGACCGGAACUGCGACGUGGAGCCCCUACCAGAUAAAGAUGGAAAGAAGUGUCUCUUUCUCAUCAAGUCGUCCCAAAAAACCUUUGAAAUCAGUGUGUCGGAUAAGAAGAAGAAGCACGAGUGGAUUCUGGCCAUUCAGACCUGCGUGAGCCUGCUGCGUCAGUGCCGGCCGGCGCCACACCGCGAGGCCCGGCAGAGGCGGCGGGACCUUCGACUGAAGCUGCGUGCCGAGCAGGAGGAGCUGCAGCUGAGGAUGAAAGAGCUGCAGCUGGCCAACGAGGCGAAACAACUGGAACUGGAGAACAUGAGGAAGGCUCUGGAGGAGGCGGCGACUAACGCAGCAGAAGAAGAACAACGGCGUCUUCAGACCCAAACUGAGCUCCAGGACCGCUACCAGACGGACCUGGAGAGAGAGCAAAUGGUACGGAAAGAGAUGGAGAAGCAGGUGGCUCAGAAGUCCACCGAGCUGGAGCAGUACCUGCAGCGAGUGCGAGAGAUGGAGGGCAUGUACCGCCAGCUGGAGGACGCCCUGGAGGACGAGAAGCGUGCCCGGCAGGAGGAGGAGGCAGUCCGCAAGCUGCAGGCACGGUUACUGGAGGAGGAGGCCACGAAGAGGGUGGAGUUGGAGGAGUUCCACCUGCGGCAGCAGCGCGCAAUCUCCCAGACGGAGGCUGAGAAACGUGAGCUGGAGAAGGAACGUGUGGCCAAGGAGAGCGCCCUGCAGGCCGCCAUGACACAACUGGAGCAGCUGGAACAAGAGAGGCAGGGGGCACUGGAGCAGUACCAGACCGUGAUGAAGAAGCUGGAAGACGCAACCAACAACACAAAGACCUGGAAGCACAAGGUGGCUGAACACGAGGGCAUGCUGCGGCUCAUUCAACCAGGUUCCAAGGGACAGCAGAUGAUCACCAAUUGGGGUCCUGCAGCGUUUUCUGAUGCAGAGCUCACUCUGAGGCAGAAGAAAUGGCAGGAAGGCAAGAACCAGACAGCCGAGGCCCAGUAGAGCCUCCGACACGCAGCUCCGAGGCGGAGACACUGCCCGGGAGGUAGACAAACUCUCUGGUGACCAGAUAUUGGACGUAGCUGAAAUUUGGAAACAAACGGCAUGAUAUUAGAAUCAAAACAUACCAAGAGCAGACAUGCUGGAAUAAUGAAAGCUUCGUUAUCGUUCUGUCAGUCGCAGGACAUGAAAUGCUCAGUGUGGCAAAGUCGAGUCAUUUAUAUGGAUAAAGUGCAAACAGUAAAUUGGGAGGAGGAUAACGUUUGACCUUUGAACCCUCGGCGCUAACAUGCUCACGGUUCACGCAUCCGUUAAAUCUGUUUUUACAUGUCAUUAGUGGAAAAGAGUGCACGUCGCUACCUUUUAUCCUUUAUUACACUACCGCUUCUAACCAGAGUUCAUUCUGUUUGAGCAUGUUUUCAUGUUGUAAAGUUAGGAGAUGUUGAUCAGCAUCUAAAUGAGUUGUAAGUUACUGCUACAAACUCUCUUUUUGCUAUAUUCCUGUUAGCAAAGCCGUCAGCGUGAAAAUAUAAAUAAAAGGGAUUUUCUACAUAUAUAUUAACAAUGGUUUUUGCUGUUGUCCUUACUAAAGUUUAGCUGAAGCUUAAUCGGGCAAUCGGCCAAAAUUUCCCCCAUAAAACAGGAUGCUAACUGAGGAACAUUUGUCCUGUGUUGUUGUACUCUAACAUCAGUGCCUUUGAUAAUGUUAUAAGUGUAUAUUGAUUUCUCUAUUGUGUUUUAUAUAAAUGAAAACGAAGAGUAAAACAUGUCUUGAAUAA